AUGACUGAACUAGCUGGCACUCGUGGCAGUCUUGCCAACUUGUACCGCUCCAAUCCCACCCUAUUUCACGAUCCAGGACUUGAUCCAAAGAAGCGGGCCGCGGCUGCGAACGCUAUUGAGAAGAAGCGGGCGGGUUUAGAUGCUCGACACCGCUAUCUGUUGGAGAAGUUCGCGACUUUCAUAGAUGAAAAGCCUGCAACGCUAGAGAACUCUUUGCUGCAAGGCAGCAAACUUGACUAUGUAAAUGACUUCUUUGCAGAAGGAGGUUCCAGAAGAGUUUUGUUCUUCUGGCAGCCAGCUGGAAAGGAUGAAGCUCCUAAACAUAUGGCCGGGUUUAGCAACACUCGUACCAAUACACUCAUCGUUACCAAUGGCAAUCGCGAAGUACUCACCGGCACCGGGUGCUUCUUCAUUCGUUCCACCUCAAAGGCCAUUACACCAGCCAACCUCUACCAAGAAGUUUCCUUUGGGUUGAUAACACCCAAUCUUCUCCCUUCACUUACGACGACUGUCAAACAUGUUGUUCUUCCCGCCCUCAAAGCGCAAGAAAAUUGGGGUGUCUUGACCCGACAGAAAGAUGAGAGCGUUAAAGGUUUUAUGGAGGUGUUGGAGAAGUUUGUGACUGAUUUAGAUGUCGCAAUGGUGAAUUUAUGCGACAGUGUGCAGUUGCAUGAAUGCACAGUUGAUCUGGAGGCAUUCAAGAAGCCCAGCGAGUAUGCAAAUGCGGCACAUACUCCUGAGGUUGUUAACGCGCUUGAAGCUCUCGUGGCGGAAUGGUGUAAACAAAUUGAACAGGUGCUCGCCGAAAGCGAGCAAAUGCGCAAAGAAGCGGAUGACAUCGGUCCCAACGCUGAACUUGCACACUGGAAAGCUCGCAUGGUGAAGUUCAACUCGAUCACUGACCAACUCAAGUCGACGACAUGCAAGAAGGUGAUUGGAAUUCUACAUGCUGUCAAAAGCCGAGCGCUCCUGAAAACUUGGAAGGAUUUGGAUAACCGAGUUACGGACGCUGCCAAUGAGUCCAAGGACAACGUCAAGUACCUGUACACCCUCGAACGGUUCUGUGAACCGCUCUACCGCAGCGAUCCUGUCGGCAUGGUCCCCGCCAUCCCUGGCCUCAUUAACGCAAUUAAGAUGAUCUAUAGCAUUUCGCGCUACUACAAUACUUCUGAGAGGAUGACGUCCCUUUUUGUCAAGAUAACGAAUCAGAUGAUUACCAGUUGCAAGGAAUAUAUAUACAAGGACGGAGGAAGCAAGCUUUGGGAUCAGGAUAGGGUUGCGUUGGUGGAAAAGUUGACGGAUUGCGUGAGACUCAAUGAGGCGUAUCAGAGAGUUUUCCAUGAAGUUAAGCGAAAGCUAGCCGAACUGCCUCAAGAAAAGCAGUUCGACUUCUCCGAAAUGUACAUUUUCGGCAAGUUCGACGCCUUCUGCAAGAGGAUUCAAAAAGUAGUUGACAUGUUCUCCAUUAUUGAGAAAUUUUCGCUUCUCGAGCGCCUCGGUAUUGAGGGUAUGGAUGGGCUCAUCAAGAGGUUUUCGAACAUCAUGAUGCAGAUGCAAAGGAAGCCGUAUGAUAUUCUGGAUCAUAGGAAGAUGGAAUAUGAUUCAGACUACAAUACAUUCAAAAAGCAGAUUUCCGAUCUCGAAGCCAACUUGCAGCAAUUCAUUGACGCAAGCUUCGAGCACAUCACCAACACUGAACAAGCUCUCAACCUGCUCUCCAAGUUCAGUCAGAUCAAAGACAUGCAGCUGGAUCUCGAAUCGAAAUACCAUCAAGUAUUUGUUCACUAUACACGUCGGGAUCUUGAAGGUGUCCGCAAACUUUACACCCGAUACAAGGAAGCACCGCCCAUCCCCCGCAACACGCCUCCUGUAUCUGGUGCAAUCGAAUGGGCGAGACAACUGUAUCGACGUAUCGAAAAUCCGAUGAAACAUUUCAAGAGUAACACGUCCGUUCUUGACUCUAUGGAAGCCAAAAAGCACAUCAGAAACUACAACAAGCUCGCGAGGGCAUUGAUUGAAUUCGAGUUGUUGUGGUACAGGUCUUGGUAUGGCGUGGUGGAUGAGGCCAAAACGGGUUUACAGGCCACUUUGCUAGUAGCCGACCCUGAGGGAAACCUUUAUGUCAACUUCGAUCCUCAAAUCCUUCAAUUGAUUAAGGAGACCAAGCACAUGCAGAGGUUGGGCUUGGAACUGCCCGAGAGUGUCAGGAACGUUUGCUUGAAGGAGAUGUACUACAAAAAUCUACAGAGUGGAUUGUCAUCUAUUCUCCAGACAAAGCAGCGCGUGCUGCUCAAGGUGACAAACGUACUCCGCCGAGCGAUGGUGCCCCAUAUCGAAGAGUUGGAUCGAACACUUCAGCCGGGAUUGACUGCUUACACAUGGACCUCUCUUAACCUCGAUGAAUACCUACAGCGUAACAACACGCAACUUGCAAAGCUUGAGGAACUCGUGGACAAGCUGCUCGACAUCAUUGAGGUCCGCAUUGAUCACGGCGUUCGUAGAAUCGCCGAGUUAUCUCUCUGUGAAGUACCCUCCGAGACGGAGCAAUGGACAGUAGAUACGUUCUUGGAGCGAAUGGACGACAGAUGCACCACUGUUGUGAGUGCUAUCAACAAUCGCUCCAACCUGAUUGAAAGUGCAACACGGGACAUCAUUGCAGAGUUGUCCAAAGGUGUAACGACGCCCAUGAGCCCGGACUUGAAACUGGCACACGAAGCAGUCUACUACCACUUCAACUACCAGAACUUUGAGGCGUUGGUUCAGUGUACUAAGGGGUCUCUGGAUCUACUUCGUGCUCGCCUAGGAAAUUACACUGGGAACCAGUACAAUCGGGCGCCGAGCCAGAAACCCUUUUUCCGUGCAGAGCUCGUGUUGAACAUCCCGAACGUUGUCUUGCAGCCCAAAUUGGAGGAUAUUCAAGCUGCUAUUAAUCGCGCCGCAGGCAUGAUCGUUGAAGUAUCCAAGAAACUCAAUCUCAAUUGGAAGACUUUCCUCUCUUCAUCGGAUGCCGAGCACACGACACCACGGUCACCCGAAGACACGGCCCAGGUCGCAAACAACAAAGACGUUUUCAAAGCAAUGGCCACUCUGAGUUCCACCGUAAACUCUAUGCGUAAGGAAGUUGAGAAUCACCGUGAGCAGUCCAGCAAAUACGACUUCCUGUGGAAGGACGACAAGACGGAAACAAUCCAAGCUUUCUUAAACUCCAACCCAACGAUCGCCGAUUUCGAAUGUGAGAUCAACAGAUAUGAAGCAAUCGAAAGGGAGAUCAAUGACAUUCCGACCACAACUCAGAUUGGGUUACUGCUUGUCUCCUCUGAGCCCCUCAAACUAGCGCUAUUAGCUGAAACCAAGGAGUGGAAGCAACAGUACGGUCUGAAUCUCAACGGAAAGGUCAAGACGGAUAUGGAGCAGCUUAUGGAAUAUAUGGAAAACAAAACCGUAAAGCUGAGUCGCAAAAUCUCCGAUAUUGACGACCUGCGCAUGGCCGUCCAGACGCUUUCCGAGAUCCGUGAAGCCGAAGUUGAUAUUGACAUGCGCGUUGCUCCCAUUGAAGAAGCGUAUCUCCUUUUGACAAAGCACUCUGUGGCCGUAAGCAAAGAGGAAACGGAGAUGGUCGACUCGCUUCGUUACAGUUGGAAAAAGCUAAAGCAGCUUGUAAUUGACGUGCAAACGCAUCUGUCAAAGAUCCAACCUGUGUUCAAGGCGGAUCUCAUCAGUUCCGUGCAAAAGUUUUCCCAGGACGUUAAGGACUUCACUGUAGAGUACACCGAAAACGGACCUAUGGUUGGCAGCAUUCCACCAAAGACCGCGACCGAGAGAUUAAAUGUAUUCCAACGUUCGUUUGACGAGUUGAACAGAAAAUGGGAGACCUACUCAGCCGGUGAAGAGCUAUUCUCCUUGCCUGUUACUCCCUUCCCCACCCUCGUUCGCAUCAAAAAGGAGCUGCGACUGCUUCAAAACCUUUAUGGGUUGUAUAACGACGUAUUGGAGAAACGGCAGCAAUACAACGAAACACUUUGGAGCGAUCUCAAUCUGGACCAGAUUAACAACGAUAUGAACGACUUCCAGAACAAGAUCAAAAAGCUGCCCAAGGCGCUAAAAGAGUGGGAUGCUUUCUUGGAGCUGAAGAAGAUUGUGGACAAUCUGACGGCUAUUGUACCUCUUCUUGAGAUGAUGAGCAACAAGGCCAUGCAGCCACGCCACUGGGACAGAAUCCAACAGCUCACCAACUCUACAUUCAACCUUGACCCAGAAAUGUUUUACCUCAAAAACCUUCUUGAUGCGCCUUUGAAUGAGAAUCGGGACGAUAUUGAAGACAUAUGCACGGCAGCAGUCAAGGAAGCUGACAUCGAGAUCAAAUUGAAGCAGGUCGUGACCGAAUGGGAGGAUAAGAGCUUUAUUCUUGCCGCUUUUAAAAAUAGGGGUAACCUUAUUUUGAAACCGUCCUCAACUUCUGAAAUCAUCUCUCAAAUGGAGGAUGGUUUGAUGACCCUCGCAUCACUGAUGAGUAACCGUUACAAUGCGCCCUUUAAGCCCGUCAUCCAGACCUGGGUUCACAAUCUAUCGACAGCAUCUGAAGUCAUUGAGAACUGGUUGGCGGUACAGAACCUGUGGAUUUACUUGGAAGCGGUUUUCGUAGGAGGUGACAUUGCCAAACAGAUGCCAAAGGAAGCAAAGCGGUUUAGCAACAUCGAUAAGAGCUGGGUGAAGAUUAUGAGUCUGGCCAAUGAGCAUCCAAAUGUCAUCCAAUGUUGUGUACUGGACGAGACGAUUGCAAACCUGCUUCCGCAUCUAACGGAACAGCUCGAGCUGUGUCAAAAGUCUCUUUCCGGCUAUCUGGAGUCCAAGCGUGCUAUUUUCCCUCGUUUCUAUUUCGUGUCCGACCCGGCGCUUCUUGAGAUUUUGGGACAGGCGAGCGACUCACAUACGAUUCAAGCGCACUUGAAGUCUGUUUUUGACAAUGUCAACAAUGUCCAGUUCCACGAGAAGGAUUAUGACAAAAUCCUUGCCCUUGAAAGUGCCGAGGGUGAGCGUGUACCCUUGAGUCGACACAUGCUUGCCGCGGGCAACGUUGAAAUGUGGUUGGGCACUCUCCUAAAGUCAAUGCAAACAACUAUCAACGACAUCAUUCGUGAAGCGGCUAGCAGGAUGAACGAUAUGCCUCUGCAAAAAUUCAUGGAUGAGUAUCCUGCUCAGGUUGGGUUGUUGUGUCUCCAGAUUCAAUGGACGCAGAUGUGCGAGGAAGCACUGCAAGCGUCAAAGACGGACAAAAAGAAGAUGGCUGCAACAAAUCAGCGAAUUACUGAGAUUUUGAACACCCUGAUUGAAGUGACCACCAGAGAUUUAACUAAGAUGGAUCGAACAAAGUAUGAGACUCUCAUCACAAUCCAAGUGCAUCACCGGGAUGUGUUUGAGAAGCUUUAUAAAGCGCACGUCAAGAGUCCAGAUGACUUUGAGUGGCUCAAGCAGGCUCGAUUCUACUGGCAAGAGACAAAGGACUGUUGCGUUGUUUCGAUCACAAACUUCGACUUUAAAUACCAGUGCGAGUACCUUGGGUGCACGGAUCGUUUGGUCAUUACCCCUCUCACCGAUCGUUGUUACAUUACGCUCGCCCAAGCGAUUGGUAUGUCAUUAGGAGGCUCACCAGCCGGUCCUGCCGGAACGGGUAAAACGGAAUCCGUCAAGGAUCUUGGAAAGAAUCUUGGAAAAUGGGUUGUCGUAUUCAACUGUUCAGAUCAAAUGGAUUACCGUGGUUUAGGUCGUAUCUUCAAGGGAUUGGCGCAAAGUGGAUGUUGGGGCUGUUUCGACGAGUUCAACCGUAUCGAACUACCGGUAUUGUCCGUCGCUGCCCAGCAGAUUGGUUGUGUGUUCUCCGCAAGGAAGGAAAGGAAGAGCUCCUUCAUUUUCACAGACGGUGAUACAGUUGAACUUAACCCCGAAGUAGGUAUGUUCAUCACCAUGAACCCCGGUUAUGCAGGACGUGUCGAGCUUCCCGAGAAUUUGAAGGUCCACUUCCGUUACGUAGCGAUGAUGGUUCCUGAUCGCCAGAUCAUCAUGAGGGUGAAGUUGGCCGGAUGUGGUUUCCUGAACAACAUCAUCCUGGCAAAGAAGUUCUUUGUCCUCUACCGUCUUUGCGAGGAGCAGCUUUCCAAGCAAGUGCACUAUGAUUUUGGUCUUCGUAACAUUUUGUCAGUAUUGCGUACUUGCGGUGCAGCGAAGCGUGGAAAUCCUGAAGAUUCAGAGAAUCUGAUUAUCAUGCGUGUUCUUCGUGACAUGAACUUGUCCAAGCUCGUAGACGAGGAUGAGGCGCUUUUCUUGAGUUUGGUGAAUGAUUUGUUCCCCGGCUUGACUGCAAAGAAGAGUACAUAUCCAAGUAUGGAGGCGGCUAUCGACCAGCAGCUCCAGGAUGCCAAUCUCAUCAAUCACCCCCCGUGGACGCUGAAGGUCAUUCAGUUGUACGAAACUGCAAAAGUCCGUCACGGUAUUAUGGUCCUCGGACCCACAGGUACGGGUAAGACGAAAUGUAUCAACGCAUUGCUGAAAGCUAUGACGGCUUGCGGCGAUCCACACAAGGAAUUGAGAAUGAACCCGAAAGCCAUUACCGAUUAUCAAAUGUUUGGACGGUUGGAUGUUGCAACCAAUGACUGGACAGACGGUAUUUUCUCAUCUUUGUGGAGAAAAACGCUAAAGAAAAAAGGUGAAACUAUUUGGAUCGUAUUGGACGGUCCUGUCGACGCAGUGUGGAUUGAGAAUUUGAACAGUGUUCUGGACGAUAACAAGUGCUUGACACUGGCAAACGGUGAUCGUAUUCCCAUGUCAGCCGCUUGUAAGCUCACAUUUGAGGUCCACAGUUUGAGAAACGCAUCUCCGGCUACGGUAUCUCGUUGUGGUAUGAUCUACAUCGGUGUGACGGCACUCUCAUGGGACAUUGUCCUUCAGUCGUGGUUCAAAUCCCGGGCAGCAUCCGAGGUAGCCGUCCUUGAACCUCUGUUCAACGCCAGCUUUGGUGCUUGCAGCAACUACAUGAACUUGGAGCUGCACCCCAAGAUGAUCAUUGCGCGUGUGCAAUAUGUUGUUAAUUGCACGACGUUGUUGAAUGGAUUGAUCCCCAAGGCCGAGGCAAACAAGUCACAAAUUGCCGCUGAUCACUUGGAGAGGCUGUAUGUAUUCUGUUUGUUCUGGGCAUUGGGGGCUCUUUUGGAACUUGAUGAGCGGAAGAAGCUUCAGACGUUCAUGCUGGAGAAAUGUCCGGACCUCAAGUACCCACCACUUGAUCAGAAUAGCCAAGACACAUUCUACGAGUACUUUGUCGAUGAGUCUGGUCAAUGGAGUCAUUGGCGUGAGCGUGUACCGGGAUGGCAGUACCCUCAAGACAGCACUCCAGAGUUCUCUAGCAUCAUCAUUCCUACUGUGGACAAUGUUCGAACAGAGUUUUUGAUCGACACAGUUUCCAAGCAGUCCAAAUCGGUCCUACUUAUUGGUGAGCCUGGAACGGCCAAAACGGUCACCGUCAGAAAAUACCUCGCGAAGCUCAAUCCCGACACUCAUUUGUCGAAGAACUUGAGUUUCUCAUCCGCAACCACUCCCAUGAUCUUCCAGCGAACUAUUGAAAGCUAUCUCGACAAGCGCAUGGGUUCUACCUACGGUCCACCUGCCGGAAAGAAGAUGAUCUUAUUUAUUGACGACAUCAACAUGCCCGAGAUCAACGAGUGGGGUGAUCAGGUAACUGGAGAAAUUGUCCGACAGUUGAUGGAGUACCAAGGCUUCUAUUCUCUGGACCGACCUGGUGAUUGGACAGGCAUUGUUGAUUUGCAGUUCUUGGGGGCUAUGAUGCACCCCGGAGGUGGUCGUAACGAUAUUCCGAGUCGUCUAAAGCGACAGUUCUUGGUCAUCAACUGUACGAUUCCAUCUGACGUCUCUGUUGACAAGAUCUUUGGCACGAUGUUGGAGGGACAUUUCUCAGCCGCUCGCAAAUUCCCAGAAGAAGUUAUCGCAAUGGCUGCUCGUCUACCAGCACUUACUCGGCGAUUGUGGCAAUCGACAAAAGCAAAAAUGCUUCCCACACCUGCUAAAUUCCACUACAUUUUCAACUUGCGGGACCUGUCCCGUAUUGUGGAGGGCAUGCUUAACACUAAAUCUGAAGUUAUCAACAGCACCAAAAUGCUGCUUCAUUUGUGGGAGCAUGAAUGUUCUCGUGUGAUCCCGGAUCGGUUUGUCACAUCUGAGGAUAUCGACUGGUUCAGCAAGACUCUGGUUAACCUUGUCCAGAAAGAGGUUGGUGACGAUGCUGCAGCCGCAGUCGCUCAAAAGAGCUACUUUGUAGACUUCUUGCGGGAACCCCCAGAAAUCGAUGACCCGGACGUUGAAAUUGACUUGGAUGCCCUCAAGGUUUACGAAAAGAUUCCUUCGUUCGAGGCUCUUCGUGACCGAUUGCAGGACUAUAUGAAGCAAUACAAUGAAAACAUCCGUGGAUCUAAAAUGGAUCUGGUACUUUUUGAGGACGCUAUGAAGCACAUUGUUAGGAUCUCACGUAUCAUUCGCACUCCUCGUGGAAACGCUCUGCUGGUUGGUGUCGGAGGUUCCGGCAAACAGUCCUUGACCAAGUUGGCUGCAUUUAUUGCGAAAAGUCAGGUCUUCCAGAUCUCCAUCUCAAAGAAUUACAGCGUUCAAAACCUGAUGGAAGACUUCAAAUUUAUGUACAAACUUGCCGGAGCACAAGGGAAAUCCGUAACCUUCAUCUUCACUGACAACGAAGUCAAGGAGGAAGCUUUCCUCGGAUAUAUUAACAACAUUCUUACAUCCGGUGAAAUCACCAACCUCUUCCCGAAAGAUGAGGUGAUUGGUAUCACUGGCGAUCUCCGGGUGCCCAUGAAAAAGGCCCGGCCAACAGUUCCGGACACACUGGAAAAUCUCUGGCAGUUCUUCAUUGACCGUGUAAAGGCCAACCUCCACGUUGUGCUUUGCUUUUCGCCUGUUGGUGACAAGUUCCGAAACCGGUCGCUGAAAUUCCCUGGGCUCGUUUCUGGAUGUACGAUGGACUGGUUCACCCGCUGGCCAAACGAGGCAUUGCGGGCUGUUGCGGAGAAGUAUCUAAAUGAGGUGGACAUCGUAGGUACGGAUCAAGUUAGAAAGGAGGUCGUAGCGCAUAUGGCCUUUGUCCACGACCUUGUGGCGGAGGCCUGCAACAACUAUUUUGUGCAGUUCCGUCGCAGGACCCAUGUGACUCCAAAGUCCUACCUGUCGUUCUUGGACUCUUACAAGACACUAUAUGUGCAAAAACGGAAUGAAGUGGGUGGCCUUGCCGAUCGAAUGAACAUGGGUCUAGCAAAACUGGUGGAAGCUUCCAAAUCAGUCGCUCAGUUGCAAGAAGAACUUGUUGUGAAGGAGCGCGAUCUAGCCGUGGCCUCCAAGGCUGCUGAUGCCGUGCUCGCUGAGGUGACAGCCAGUACAGCCUCAGCCGAAAAGGUCAAGGAUGCUGUGCUCAAGGUGAAAACCAAAUCCGAAGGGAUUGCAAACGCAAUCAAAGCGGACAAGGAAUAUGCCGAGUCACAACUCGAGGCCGCCAAACCAGCGUUGGAGGAAGCCACCAAUGCGUUGAACUCUAUUCAGCCAGCCCACAUCUCCACAGUUCGUAAGCUGGCAAAACCGCCUCACCUUGUCAUGCGUAUCAUGGAUGGUGUGCUCCUGCUACAAAAACGGAAAGUAGAUCCGGUUGUCCAGGAUCCAGACAGGCCUUGUGUGAAGCCAUCAUGGAGCGAGUCUCUCAAACUCAUGUCAGCCUCGGACUUUUUGUCUUCGCUCGUGAACUUCCCUAAAGAUGAGAUAAAUGAGGAAACAGUCGAGCUGUUGGAGCCUUACCUCGAAAUGCCGGAUUUCAAUCUUGAAGGUGCCAAAAAGGUGUCUGCUGAUGUCGCCGGUCUUACCUCUUGGGUCAAGGCUAUGGCGUUUUACUUUGGCGUGAACAAGAAAGUGAUCCCAUUGAAGGCUAAUCUGAUCGUUCAAGAGCACAAACUUGCUUUGGCCAUGGAGGACUUGAAUAAAGCUCAACAACAGUUGGAUGAGAAGCAAGCGGAAUUAGACGUUUUCAAAGAAAAGUAUAACCAAGCUGUCGGAACGAAGCAAGCGUUACAAGCCGACGCCGAUAAUUGUAAGCGGAAGAUGAACGCAGCCACUGCCCUCAUUUCUGGAUUGAAAGGAGAAAAAGAUCGUUGGACGAUUCAAAGUAAAGAGUUCGCCGAGAGAAUCGGCCGUCUUGUGGGUGAUAUUAUUCUCGCCACAGCUUUUCUGUCAUACAGCGGGCCUUUCAAUCAGUCCUUCCGAGCCCAACUCUUGUCUGACUGGAAAAGGGAACUGGUCAAACGAAAGAUCCCACACAGUGAGGAUUUGGACAUUGCAGGUCUUCUGGUUGACCCUACUACUGUCGGAGAAUGGAACAUUCAAGGGUUACCGACGGACGAACUCUCUAUCCAAAACGGUAUUGUCGUCAACAAGGGCUCGAGAUACCCUCUCCUGAUUGACCCACAAAACCAGGCGAAAGUCUGGAUUAAAAACAAGGAAGAGAAGAAUAAACUCCUCGUUACGAGUCUCACAAACAAGUACUUCCGUGCGCAUGUCGAGGACUGCGUCAGUCAAGGCCGGCCCUUGCUGAUUGAAGACGUCGAGGAGACCCUCGACCCUACGCUAGACAACAUCCUAGAAAAGAAUUUGAUGAAAGCCGGUAGAUCGUUUAAGGUCGCAUUUGGAGACAAGGAGCUGGAUUGGAGUGACGGAUUCUAUCUCUUCAUCACCACCAAACUUCCCAAUCCCAACUGGUCUCCGGAAAUGUACGCCAAAUGUUCAGUUAUCGACUUUACUGUUACGCACAAAGGUCUGGAAGAGCAACUUUUGGGCCGCGUCAUCAUGCGCGAGAAACAAGAACUUGAAACAGAGCGAGCCAAGCUUCUCGAAGAAGUCAACUCCAACAAGCGGAAAAUGAAACAGCUUGAAGAUAAUCUUUUGGAGAGGUUGACAUCGACUCAGGGAUCUCUUGUUGACGAUGAGUCGCUGAUUGAAGUGCUGGCCGUAACGAAAACCACAGCAGAGGAAGUUAACGAGAAGCUCGUCGUCGCGGCUGAAACCCAAAAGAAAAUUGGGACAGCCCGUGAAGAAUAUCGACCGGUCGCUAGCCGAGGUUCCAUUAUUUAUUUCCUGAUCGCAGAAAUGAGCAUGGUGAACGUUAUGUACCAAACUUCCCUCAAACAGUUCCUGCAGCUGUUUGAUGAAAGUAUGGAAAGGAGUGCUCCAUCCCCGAUUCCAAGCAAACGAAUUCAAAACAUUAUCGAGUACUGUACCUUCCGUGCGUUCUCCUACAUUGCGCGAGGACUUUACGAAAUCCACAAAGUCCUCUUUGUCCUGUUGCUGGCAAUCAAGAUUGACAUUUCCAUGAACAAAAUCUCCCAUGAUGAGUUCCGAUGCUUAAUCAAGGGAGGUGCUGCGUUGGAUAUCAAUGCCGUCGUCAAAAAGCCCUUCAACUGGAUUCCAGACAUGACGUGGCUCAACUUGGUUGCCUUGAGCAAAAUGCCCGGUUUCAACGAUUUGUUGAACCAAAUUGGAAAGAAUGAGAAGGCUUGGAGGUCCUGGUAUGAAAAGGAUGCCCCGGAGAAUGAGAUGCUCCCAAGUGGGUAUCAAAAUACGUUGGAUGCUUUCCGUCGGUUGUUGCUCGUCCGGUCCUGGUGCCUCGACCGAACUAUAAUGAUGGCCAAACAGUACAUUGCCGAGUCCAUGUCCCCCCGGUUUGCCGAAUCCCAAAUCUUGGACCUCGACGCCUUGCUCACUGAAUCGGAUAACCGAACCCCUAUGAUCUGUCUGUUGUCCACUGGAUCUGAUCCAUCAGCGGAUAUAGAGAAUCUGAGCAAGAAGUACAAGAUUGACAUCAAGGCUAUUUCCAUGGGACAAGGACAAGAAGUACAUGCACGCAAACUCUUGUCGGCCUUCAUGACCAACGGAGGUUGGGCUUUACUCCAAAACUGUCACUUGGGAAUCCCGUUCAUGGACGAACUCCUUGGACUCAUCCUCGAAACUGAGACCGUACACGAUAAGUUCCGCCUCUGGAUCACCACAGAUGUUAGCCCCAAAUUCCCCAUCACAUUCCUGCAAAUGUCCAUUAAAUUCACGAACGAGCCUCCUCAGGGGGUGAAAGCCGGUCUCAAGCGGACAUAUGCCUGGUUCACGCAAGAUAUGCUUGACAUGAGUCCAAGACCGCAGUACAAACCUCUGUUGUACGGUCUGGCAUUCUUGCAUUCCAUUGUGCAAGAACGACGAAAGUUUGGACCGUUGGGAUGGAACAUUCCCUACGAGUUCAACCAGAGUGAUUUGGCGGCUAGUGUCCAAUUUGUGCAGAACCAUGUGGAUGAACUGGCUCCAAAGGCUCCCAUCUCGUGGACGACGGCAAGGUUCAUGUUCUGCGAGGUUCAUUAUGGUGGAAGAGUUACAGACGAUUUUGAUCGUCGCCUUCUCAACACCUAUGGAAAAGUCUGGUUCGGAGAUCACAUGUUCGCCGACACCUUUGCAUUCUACAAGGGCUAUACCAUUCCAUAUCUCAAAUCUGUCGAUGAAUAUCGCGCCUCCAUUGAAUCCCUUCCUCUCAUCGACACACCCGACGUCUUCGGCCUGCACCCCAAUGCCGAUAUCUCCUCCCAAACGAAAGAAUCUCAGCAAAUGCUGGACACGAUCAUGUCAAUCCAACCCAAAGAUUCCAACACGGGGACUGGAGAAACAAGGGAAGAAGUCGUGAAACGUAUUGCCAACGACCUGUUGAGCAAAUUGCCCGAGGACUUUGACAAGAACAAAACCAAAUCAUGCAUACAGAAACAAGGAGGUCCCAAGCCUCUCAACAUCUUCCUUGGACAAGAAGUCGACCGCAUGCAGAUCGUCAUCGGAGCCGUCCGCUCCACUCUUUCUGACCUCAAACUGGCCAUUGACGGAACCAUCAUCGUCAGUGCUCAACUCCAAGAAGCCCUUGACGCCCUCUACGACGCUCGAGUCCCGACGGCGUGGAUCAAAAUCUCGUGGCAAGGAUCUACACUCGGGUUAUGGUAUUCAGAGCUGUUGACUCGAGUCGCGCAGUUCCAGACGUGGCUGUACGAUGGACGGCCGUUGGUGUUUUGGUUGAGUGGGUUCUUUAACCCACAAGGGUUCUUGACGGCGAUUCGGCAGGAGAUUACGAGGGUACACAAUGGGUGGGCGUUGGACAACGUCAAGCUCGCUCCAGAGGUCAUGAAACAAAUGAAAGAAGACAUAACUGCACCCCCCGCCGAAGGCGUGUACAUCCACGGCCUUUUCAUCGAAGGUGCUGCUUGGGACCGGAAGAACAUCCGACUGACCGAGUCUCAACCCAAGGUCAUUUACCAAGCCAUGCCAGUCGUUCACGUCUCUGCUACCAAUUCGACGGAUGAAGGGGAUCCUAGGAUGUAUAAAUGUCCAGUAUACCGACGACCUCGACGAACGGAUCAGAAUUACGUUUUCGACAUUGAGUUGAAGACGGUACAGAAUCCGGACUAUUGGAUUAUGAGGGGGGUUGCAUUGCUUUGUGCGACAAGUUAGACUGUUGGUUCUUGCGAGGAUUUUUUGACGUUUUCUGCCACGCCCUUUUUGUGUAUUUUUCUACUGUAUGGGAUACUUGUCGAGACUGGGAUCGUUUGUCUUGGGGAUUUUUUCCUGUGGAUAGAUAGUCGAUAAUAUGAUGGACGAUUGUAAAUACUACUUUUCA